AUGGCAUCACUAGAAAACGACCGUCGGCCAAGAGUCGAUGGUUACGUUCAGGCCCAGCUCACCAAGAAGCCGCCUUAUUCGGUGGAAGCUUCGGGCUACGAAAAGAAACCAGGGGAGACCAUUCCCAGACGAAACCCACUUGCAAAAGACGAGCUGAUCGUACUGCCCUCGGACGAUGUUAAGACAAUCUACGACAACCUCAAGAGAGCCGCGGCCAAGUUUGGAAAUGCCAAAGCUAUUGGUUCGAGAAAGAUCAUCAAGACCCAUGUCGAGAACAAGAAGGUGAAGAAGAUGGUUGAUGGACAAGAGCAAGAGCUCGAUAAGAAAUGGACAUACUACGAACUCAGUGGUUACACCUACAUGACUUUCGUCGAGUAUGAGAAACUGGCGCAUGACAUUGGAUCUGGCCUGCGCAACUUGGGUGUCUCCAAGGACGACAAGAUGCAUCUUUACGGAGCUACAAGUGCUCACUGGCUUGCCACCUCACACGCAGCUGCGUCUCAGUCUAUUCCCAUUGUCACAGCCUACGAUUCUCUAGGAGAGGAAGGUCUGAGACACUCCCUUGUCCAAACAAAGUCUGUCGCCAUAUUCUUAGAUCCCAAUCUCAUCCCGGUCUUGAACAAGGUCAUAAAGGAUGCUGUGAACAUCAAAUCCAUCAUCUACAAUACAGAACCAGAGAUCAAAGAGGCAGAUCUGCAGAAGCUCAAGGCAGACCAUCCCGAUGUCAGAGUCAUCAGUUUUGACGAGCUGAGGAAGUUGGGUGCUGAGAAGCCCUUCGACCCUGUACCUCCGUCACCAGAGGAUUUGGCAUGCAUCAUGUACACUUCAGGUUCCACAGGCCCGCCGAAAGGUGUCACCAUCAAGCACAAGGCAGUUGUGGCUGCGAUGGCAGGUGUCCAAACCAUUGUGGCUCCUUACAUCGGACCUGCCGAUGCACUUCUCACCUAUCUACCACAAUCUCACAUUUUCGAAUACAUGUUCGAGAAUGUUUGCCUGUUCUGGGGUGGCACCAUGGGCUAUGGUAACCCCAAGACUUUGUCAGACACUUCCGUCCGGAACUGCAAAGGUGACAUUCGUGAAUUCCGACCGACUAUUCUCAUCGGUGUUCCCGCGGUCUGGGAGAGUGUCAAGAAAGGCAUCUUGGCCAAGAUCAAUAGCAGCUCUUUUGUCGUGAAGAAUAUGUUUUGGGGCGCAUUCAACCUCAAACAAAUGCUUCUCGGAGCUGGUCUUCCCGGAUCCGGUGUUCUAGAUGCGAUCGUGUUCAAGAAGUUGAAGGAGGCAACUGGUGGACGCCUUCGAAUCGCUUUCAACGGUGGCGGCCCCAUCUCUCAAGAAACGAUCAAAUUCAUCAGCUAUGCAGUCACUCCAAUGAUUUCCGGCUACGGAUUGACUGAGACCUCCGCUAUGGGUGCCAUUCAGGAUCCAUUGGCUUGGGACCCUCAUGCGCUAGGUGACAUUCCAGGAUCUAUCGAGAUCAAGUUAGUCGACUUUCCCGACGCUGGUUACUACUCGACCAACAAACCUCCUCAGGGUGAGAUCUGGAUUCGUGGACCUUCCGUGACAGAAGGAUAUUGGGACAACGAGCAGGAAACUAAGGAAGCCAUCACAGAGGAUGGAUGGUUCAAGACCGGCGACAUUGGAGAGUUCAAUGCCAAUGGUCAUCUGAAAAUCAUUGACCGCAAGAAGAACCUGGUCAAGACAUUGAACGGUGAAUACAUUGCACUUGAGAAGCUGGAGUCGGCCUAUCGGACUGCGCCAGUUGUCGGAAACAUCUGCGUCUUUGCGGCUCAAGACAAAGCCAAGCCUAUUGCUAUCAUCGUGCCAGUCGAGGCUGCUCUGCAAAAGAUUGCCGCUUCUAAUGGCAUCAAGGGAGAAAGUGUGGAAGAGAUGGUCCAUGACAAGAAGCUCAACCGCAUUGUCUUGAACGAAAUGCUGAAGGCCGGCCGUCAAGCAGGACUGUCUGGAAUUGAGCUCAUCGAUGGAUUGGUCAUGGCAGACGAAGAAUGGACUCCUCAAAACGGCCUCAUUUCCCCAGCGCAGAAGGUUCAACGAAAGAAGAUCGAAGCCAAGUACUCAAAGGAGAUCAAAACAGCUUACGGCAGCGACUAA